GCGAGUCGGGGGGAGGGGUGGCGUGGGAAGCAGGGGGUUAAAGGUGGGGCCGGCCCUACACACGCGCGCACCCGCUCCUUACUCAGACCCGGUCACACGCGUUGCCCUAGCACUUAAGAGGAGCUGGGCGCGGUGCUGGGGCCUGCGCCCGAGCCCGGGGCGCCCCCUGCGCGCGCAGCCCCGCUCGGGGCGGUCGGCGCCCCGCGGUCUGCACUCACACCUCUCCGCCGGGCCCCCGCUCCCGGGCGCACACACACGCUCCAGCGCGCGCACACCUCGGACAUUCCCAUAGUGCCUCACGUGACCCGGCCGAACGUGCGCACCUGCCCACACGCUCACGCACGCGUGCACACACGCGCGCCCGCCGCCGGCGCUGCGCGCCUCGCGCCGACCCCCGGGCUGCGGCCGGCCGAGGCGCCCAUUGACGCUGACACACCUACACUCAUUCGCGGGCCCGCCGCAGACACACAUUCAUAAACAGGCUCGGAGAAGUACACACACGCACCCCCUCGCUGCCUACUCUUUCGGGAGCCCUGAGUCAUCCCUACCCCCUCGCCGGGCUCCCCGGUCCCCGUGUGCAGGCGCGCUGGGACCCGCGGGGGACGCGCGGGGGUCCCUCCUCACCCGAGGCCCAUUCCCCAGCUGACGCGUCGCUCUGACGCUCAGCCAAGGGCUUCCUGUCGGUCCCGGGGCAGGGGCCGGGAGUGCCUGGCCGGUUGCCACCGCCCCGGUGCGGCUAGGGGAGGCGCUUCCUUUUCCUGAACUCUGGGAUCCUGCGGGAGGAAGCGCGGAAGUUGGGCGGGGGCGCCGCCGAGGCCGCGCUCCUGCUGGGGCUGACCCUCGCACAGGCGCUGGGCCUGCCUGAGGGAGCAGCUGGGGCGCCAGGCCUGGGAUGAGGAGCUUGGCGGCGAGGAGGCCCGGUGCGGGCCACGGCCCAGGACCUCACCAUGGAGUCCAUGUUUGAGGAGGACAUCAGCAUCCUGACGCAGGAGGCCCUGGGGCCCAGCGAGGUGUGGCUGGACGGUCCUGGAGACCCCUCGCUGGGCGGGGACAUGUGCUCCGCCUCCCACUUUGCCCUCAUCACGGCCUAUGGAGACAUCAAAGAGCGCCUGGGAGGCCUGGAGAGGGAAAAUGCCACUCUGCGCCGCCGUCUCAAAGUCUAUGAGAUCAAGUACCCGCUGAUCAGUGACUUUGGCGAGGAGCACGGCUUCUCCCUCUAUGAAAUCAAGGAGGGCUCCCUGCUGGAGGUGGAGAAGGUCAGCCUGCAGCAGCGGCUCAACCAGUUCCAGCAGGAGUUGCAGAGGAAUAAGGAGCAGGAAGAACAGCUCGGGGAGAUGAUCCAGGCUUACGAGAAGCUCUGUGUGGAGAAGAGCGACUUGGAGACGGAGCUGGGCGAGAUGCGGGCCCUGGUGGAGACGCACCUGCGGCAGAUCUGUGGUUUGGAGCAGCAGCUGCGGCAGCAACAAGGCCUUCGGGACGCAGCCUUCCCCAGCCUGAGCCCCCCGCCCGCCCCUGCCCCGCCCUGUGCUGACCUGGACCUGCACUACCUGGCACUGAGAGGGGGAUCUGCCUUGAGUCAUGCGGGCUGGCCAGGCCCUGUGCCGAGUGUGGGUGAGCUGGAGCGGCGGCGACUCGAAGAGGCCCUGGAGGCCGCGCAGGGAGAGGCCCGGGGGGCCCAGCUGCGGGAGGAGCAGCUCCAGGCGGAGUGCGAGCGGCUGCAGGGGGAGCUGAAGCAGCUACAGGAGAGCCGGGCCCAGGAUCUGGCCUCCAACCAGUCGGAGCGGGACAUGGCGUGGGUGAAAAGAAUUGGGGACGAUCAGGUGAACUUGGCAUUGGCCUACACAGAGCUGACUGAGGAGCUGGGCCGGCUUCGGGAGUUGAGUUCCCUGCAGGGGAGGAUCCUGAGGACUCUGUUGCAGGAGCAGGCCCGCAGCUGCGGCCAGAGACACUCGCCGCUGUCGCAGCGUCACUCCCCGGCCCCCCAGUGCCCCUCGCCGUCCCCGCCCGCCCGCGCCGCGCCCCCGUGCCAGUCCCCCGUCCCGCAGCGCCGCUCGCCCGUGCCCCCGUGCCCCUCGCCCCAGCAGCGCCGCUCGCCCGCCUCGCCCUCGUGCCCGUCGCCCGUCCCGCAGCGCCGCUCGCCGGUGCCGCCGCCGUGCCAGUCCCCCAGCCCGCAGCGCCGCUCCCCGGUGCCGCCCAGCUGCCCGGCGCCGCAGCCCCGGCCGCCGCCGCCGCCACCGCCGCCCGCGGACAGGACGCUGGCGGAGCGCGCCUACGCCAAGCCGCCCAGCCACCACGUGAAGGCCGGCUUCCAGGGCCGCCGCAGCUACUCCGAGCUGGCAGAGGGCGCGGCCUACUUGGGCGCCUCCCCGGCCUGGCUGCAGGCCGAGGCGGCCACGCUGCCCAAGCCGCGCACCUACGGCGGCGAGCUCUACGGCCCUGCGCGGCCGCUCAGCCCACGGCGCGCCUUCGAGGGCAUCCGGCUGCGCUUCGAGAAGCAGCCGUCGGAGGAGGAGGAGUGGGCCGUGCCCGCCAGCCCGCCCAGCCCCGAGGCCGGCACCAUCCGCUGCGCCUCCUUCUGUGCGGGCUUCCCCAUCCCGGAGUCGCCCGCUGCCUAUGCCCACGCCGAGCACGCGCAGUCCUGGCCCUCCAUCAACCUGCUGAUGGAGACAGUGGGCUCCGACAUCCGCAGCUGCCCCCUCUGCCAGCUGGGUUUCCCCGUUGGGUACCCGGAUGACGCCCUCAUCAAACACAUUGACUCCCACCUGGAGAACAGCAAGAUCUAGGGCACCUCCCCCCACUGGCUGUCUCUCUGCCCUCUGCCCUCACCCCUGGAAUCUCACUCACUUUGAAUGCUGCAUGAAUCUCGUGGGGGGCCCCAGCCCCUCGCGACCCCCAGAUACCUCCACUAGCUACUGAGUCAACGUGUGUGCCGUCUUCCCUGGCCCAGGCACCACUCAGCUCUGGCUCUUCCUGGGAGGUCAGUCGAGGCGCCCCCCACCCCCACCCCACCUUCCUGGCUUCCACUGGGGAGGUGGGGACUCUGGGCUGGGAUGGGGAGGGGCAGACCCCUCCCACGCCUCUCCCUCUGCCUUUCUGUUCUUAAACAGGGUUGGAUCCAAGAACGUGUCUAGUGCUUGGGCCUGGGGGAGGGCGAGGGUGUCAGAGGAUUCCAGGAGCGCCCCCCCCAGUCCCUCCUCCAAGGUCCAUCUUUCCCAGGCUGUGCUCUGUCCAGGGAGCAUCUCCCUGUGGGCCCCCAGAGCCUGCCCAGAGCACCGAUGCUGGCUUCUCCCGCCAAGGCCAGCCUGGGCUCCUUGCAGCGGCCCUAGUGGGCGAGCAGACAUCUGGUUUCUGGCCAUUCCCUGCAGGCCAGCCAUGUUCUCCCCUCCCCCCGCCCACCCUGGGAGCAGGGGGGGGUGGGCGGCGAGAGGGAGGGCCUGCCAACAAAGAAGCUGCCCUGGGGGGCUGGAGACCCCCCCAUGACCCUCUGGCCGGGGACUGCCUGCCAGCCCCCAGCCCAUGCCCUCCUCCUGGAGUCCUGGCUCCGAGGCACAGGUUGUCAAGGGGGGAGCCUCCCCCUCCCCCCAGCCCUGCCCCACUCAAGCCGAUGACACCACAGGUGCCCUGGAGCCCACGUGUGACACAGAUGGGUGGGCAUCAUCGGCCCCUGCCUCCCAGGCCAGAACCUAAGAAUGGGUCCAGGGUGCUGUGGAGAUCCACUUCAAAAGAGCUAACCCCCUUCCCACACCCACCGCCCCUCACUCCCUCUGUGAAAUCUACCUCAGAGUCGUGCCCUCAGAAAGACGGGGAGCAGGCGGCUGGCGGGUGGGGGAGCCUCCUGGGCCAGAGCCUGCCACCCCGAGGGACCCCUCCCCACCAGCCGUUCGCAGCUCCCUGCCCCGGGCGGUGGCCAUGGACACUGCUGGCAGCGCAUGUGCCCGUCCGAUCCAGCUCUUCCAGGCCCUCCCCUCCCCUCCCUCCUCAGUGUCGGGGAGGGAAGGGCCGUGACUGGGGGGAGAGGGGCCAAGGACUCCAGAGACACAUGUCAUCGUACCCUGAGUGUUCCCCAGGGAGGGGACAUGGGGAAGGGGGCCUGGAGGGGGGCGGGGGCCUGUGUGCUCUCUGAACAAGUUGGAAGUCCAAAUAAACGUACCUGCUCCAUC